UGCUAGGGUAACACGCCUUUUUUUCGCUUUCUCUCUUUCCUUUCACUCUUAUGUACACACAUUAAUAGCACUACACUAAAUCAACCUCUAUCCUCAGAAUAAGACCAUGACCUUGUCCACGACAUUAACUUCAUACGCAGCUUUCAUUGUAGCCGUACCUCUUUUAGUCCAAUGGAACUACUUUCGUCAAAUUGUUCUUUACGCCAUGAGCAUUGGUUUGGGAUUGUACGAAAUUCCUGCCGACUUUGCCACCAUUAGCUUGGGCCUGACUGCUUUGUAUACUUACGUGCUUGCCGGCUUCAUUGCGGACGUGUCGGAAACCUUGAAUGAGAAAUAUCGACGCGUGUUUGCUGGUAUGGCUGAAGGUUCCGAAAAGCUCAAGCAGCUGUUUCCUGGAUAUGCCGUGUCUGCCUAUUUGCUCAAAGCCAACACCAAUCUCUACUACACACAGUCAAAAGCAUUUUUGUUCCUGCAAUCACUGCUGCUCGUGCUCGUGCCAUUUUCAGCCAGUUAUCCAGGUCUCCAGAAGACACACGCCAUCGCUUACCGCUGUGCCCUGGCAUGGACACUUGUCUACUCGCUGUUCCCCCGCGAAACGAUGCAUAUGUUGUGGUUAAUCUCACAGGUGCUCCAACAGCAAUUCUCGUACCACCCUCGCGUCUACUCCGAAGAGUACGUUGUCUAAGGAAGGGAUCUAUCCAAAGAAGAGGCACUUUAUAUAUCCCAGACUUACUGGCUGCUAUUGACUUGUAAAUAAAUCUGCACAUCCAAAAAUCAUACUCUGAUA